UCCGGCCUCGGGGCUGCAAGGACACCCGCGCCUGGCCCCAGUCAGGGCCUUCUGCUCCCCAGCUACCCUUCGCGCCCCUUGUGGGGCAGGAGCUCCUGGAGUGGCAGCCCCUAUAGAAGCGAUGACAGAAUACAAGCUUGUGGUGGUGGGCGCUGGAGGCGUGGGAAAGAGUGCCCUGACCAUCCAGCUGAUCCAGAACCAUUUCGUGGACGAGUAUGACCCCACCAUAGAGGACUCCUAUCGGAAGCAGGUGGUCAUUGAUGGGGAGACGUGUCUGCUGGACAUCUUAGACACAGCAGGUCAAGAGGAGUAUAGUGCCAUGCGGGACCAGUAUAUGCGCACAGGGGAGGGCUUCCUCUGUGUGUUUGCCAUCAACAACACCAAGUCCUUUGAAGACAUCCAUCAGUACAGGGAGCAGAUCAAACGGGUGAAGGACUCAGACGAUGUGCCAAUGGUGCUUGUAGGGAACAAGUGUGACCUGGCCGCUCGUACUGUCGAGUCUCGGCAGGCCCAGGACCUUGCCCGCAGCUACGGCAUCCCCUACAUUGAGACAUCAGCUAAGACCCGGCAGGGUGUGGAGGAUGCCUUCUAUACGCUAGUACGUGAGAUCCGGCAGCAUAAACUGCGGAAGCUGAACCCUCCUGAUGAGAGUGGCCCCGGCUGCAUGAGCUGCAAGUGUGUGCUGUCCUGACGCCAGGUGAGGCAGGGACCAGCAGACGUCUGGGGCAGUGGCCCCAGCUAGCCAGAUGAACUUCAUAUCCACUCUGAUGUCCCUGCUCCCCCCCAUCCUGCCAAUCCCCCUGCCUGCGGUCAGUGGUGUCCUUUGUGCCUAUCUCGGCACAGGCUCAGGACGUGGAGGUGCCGGAUGCAGGGAGGAGGUGCAGACGGAAGGAAGGAAAGAGGAGGGAAGGAAGGAAGGAAGCGAUGCUGGAGCCAGUCCAGUCCAGGGAUGGUGGACAGAGAGAUCAAGACCUUCGCAUGGACAAUUUGAACUGACUGUCAUGAACUGUCCCUAUUGCCACUGGCACCCCAGCCCUCAACCCCUUUCAGUUCCCUCCGGGUGCCUAUGGGGCACAGGUUGAAUCACAGUAAAUUAUUUGAUGGUCUUGA